GCCAGAGCUCUCCGGUGGCCCGAUAACGGCAGCCCUUAAAACCGCUCUGUUUGCGACGGGCUUUGUGUGCCUGCAGGCCAAAAGAGGCAGCAGUACUUUAACUCCUUCGUCGCCCUUUUCUAGGUUUCGACGACGUUCGGUUAUUGCUUCGAAGUCACCAGAUGAUCGAUCCGCGUAGCUGCAGCCCGGGAUCCAGGUUGAAGUAUGAUCACUUCUGAACUGCUUACAGCUUCGACAGCGGCUGCUGCAGGCCAGCAGCGGGUCGACGACGCCGGCCACCAGCUUCGGCCUGGCUUCUACGGGAUUAACUUGAGCGAGCUGCCGUACUGGCUGCUGGGGUGCAGCGCUGUCGUCGCUGCACUCACGCUGGUGGCGCUUCUGUGCAUAUGCUUCAAGCGCCGCGUGCUUCUCCGCACCCCACAGGCUCCGACCGGCGGCACGACCAUGGCGCUCGCGUACCCUGCCUCACUGGGACUGCAGCAUCCGACUGACAUCGUGGUGUGUCCCUCGUGCAGCGGCAAUCUGCACGAGGCGCCCUUCCGCCUGGACCCGACGGCCUUCACGCUGUGGAACUUGCCGCUGUCCAGAAGCCUCAACCCUUCGCCGCAUAUCGACCCGGCUAAACACGUGCCGCAGCCGGCGAUGACGUAGCGCGGCACGACCAUGGGAGAACUAGCGCUGGAGUUUCUAGCUAGAGUUAGAUAGAGAUAGGUUAGGGAGUCAGAGUUGCGCCAAGGUACGCCAUCUUGGGCUCUAAUGUUAUGCGGAAAAUCCAUUCCACGUAUACGCGUAGGAGCCUCGCUCGCGCGGCAGUGCCAGCAGGGCUUUCGUUUUCCUUUCUUUUUGUUCUUUAUAAUCUUGUGGAUACAAGUCGAUCGCUCACCUCGUGAUUACGAGCCUAGAUUUUACACUCGCGUGUCUUAUUAGCUAAUUAUUACUGAGAAUGCAGCGUUUAACGAACUCAUAUACCGUCGCAUAGUGGCAACAUCUUCGAGCCUUUCCAAUUUCUAUGUAAAGCGUCAAGCAAAAUGCUGAGCGUUCAUAAAUUACCUAUAACUCUUAUUAGUCAUGCAUGUGAUCACGGCUCUCAACAGCUAAAAUACGUGAAUGUGCGUACUCAAGAAACAGAGCUGUCAUGUCGAACAUUCCUUGUGUGUAAAGUACAGACAUGCUAAAUACUGCCACGCCUAGUUAUUACCUUUCCCAGUGACCGUCUCUAACCGGCUAAAAAAUUUUCAAAGUCAUCGCUCAGCGCAAGACGGGCCUUUCUGUACCUGAGGCUUCACGAAUAUUAUCGCUGGUUCUAUCCGUUGUCUGUAGUCACUUUGUCUAAUCUGAUUGUAUGCGCGACGUGAAUUGUGUGGUACUUUCUGAAAAGCACGCGAGCACCAUGCAGCGAUUACGCUGGAACCUACGACGAGUCAUAUACACGACUAUACAAAAGCCGACGCGCCUGACCCACAGAUCAGAUUCUCGAUGAUCGCCAACUUUGUUCGCCGCUGUCGGUGUGCUUGAGUGUUACUUGUUUUGCUGCAGGCACAAGUUCACUCAAUAAAUAGUUAAAUUCGAAACUCACAGUUUUGACACUGCGUCAUUCUUCAUCGUCCCUACAACGUGACAAUACGAUCCAGGAGAAUGAGACGAGUAAUUGCAUGUAUUCGUACCUAAAAGAGGCCCACGUACAGAAUACAGGCAGGAGCAGCAUACAUGCAAGAUACUUACGGGGUACAGGCAGAAGCGUAUAAAAUAGCACGUAAUGUAAUCAGAUUGCUUCCAAAGCGGUACAUGAUAUCGCGUUCGCUUCGUAAAGUUUUUGAAAAUUACAUUUGUUACUACCGAAAGGAAGCCACAGUUCGCGCCAGAAAAAUGAGGACCUGUGCCGUGUGAUUCCCAAGCACUCCGUACAGAUUGUUAACCAGCGAAGCUGAAACGUGCGGCCCCGUGUUUAUCACUGGGUUAAUCCCGACGGUUCAUUAAACGACGACUUGGUAGGCUGCCAGAUCCUCGGUACGCAGUUGGUGCUUGCGUUCGGCUGCACGAGCCUGUUCUUGUGCUCGGGCUGCAGCAUCGGCACGGCGUAGACGAGCUCGUUCCCGGUUCUGCUCGCGGCGUUGCUGGUCGAAAGCUGCCUGCUCCUCUGGAGUACGUAUGGCGCGUGGCCUACCCAUUUCGGAGCCUAGAUAGCACAAGGCCUUUUCAUUCGAUCCGAUCCAUUACGUCACGUUACAUGGCCCGACUGCCACAGAACCUAAUGGGGAUGCUCCAGAGUAGGCAACAGAGUACGCUCUUGAGUGGCAAUAGGCAGCAAUAGGAAACCUCAUGCGUGCGCAUGGGGUUGCACCGGAGGAGUUUUCGGCGUACAGGCAACCGACAGACGGACGGACGAAUCGCCUAACCAUAUACACCUUCGUAUUUUCCAGCGGCUGCUGCUUAAGGCGUAUCUUGACAGCGAUCUACCACGUGGCCAAAGUGCGCAACCGCGCGCGCCUCAUCUACACAGCGAUUUGCGAUGUUUGCAGGGUGCGCGUAGCGCCGAUAACUUCGCACGAAUUGUGCUUUCGAUAUUUCGUUCGCGUUGAAGCGAUAAAUACACGAACGUCAAUUCGCUCGAUUCUGCUUCCGCGAUUCCUCAUUCCAGCGUUUUGACAGCGAGUUUCCGCUGUCUUUGGGCGAGAUUUGUUCAUGUUUACCUGUGCGCGCGUGACACCGUGCUUGUUAAUUUAGUUGGUAAGCCAAUUUUUACGAGUUUAUACGGCCGAUAAAACUACUAUCCUUACUUAUAGCUAUCUUCUAAUUUGCUAUCGCAAUCGGUGCUUCGGCUUUCAGGCGAAACUACGACUUUUUGUACCAUCUUCAUCGAAAGUUCGUCCAUUGGAGCGCACGAAAGAACCCACCGAAAUCACUGCACCCAAUGGCACUAGGCCAGUACCGUCAGCGCCUUUGUAGAGGGAGGGGCAGAGCGGGAACGCUGGCAUGAUGAGAGGCAUCGGAGCCAGCUGUGCAAGAAGACGACGAACGCGCGAGUAGUGGCCCGAACGCGUCUCUGUGACCAUGUGACUUUUUGUACCAUCUCCGGCCACGUCGCCGGAUUUUCCGCUUCAUAACCCAUAUAAUGCUUUCACAUUUAAAUAAAUA